AUGUCAAGGGUUUAUGAUCUUUGGGAGAAACUGGUUGGUGCUGUUCUUGACAGGGAGGAGCUCCGGCGACUUGCCCUUCGUUCCAGCCCCAGCUCCAGCCUCGGCUCCAGUUUUUCCGAUUACUCCUCGGGCUUCAGUUAUGACUCCACCGCCUAUCACAUUGCACUGCCCAUGGAGCUGAAAGAGAUUAUAAAAGCAACAGAAAACUUUCAACCAGCCAUGUUCAUUGGGGAAGGAGGCAUGUGUCAAGCUUUUAGGGCGUGGAUCGAUGAGCACACCCUCAUUGCUUCGAAUCCUGAAUCGGGAUUGGCUGUUGCAAUUAAGAAAUGGAAGAAUUUCGUGAAACAAGAUUGGUUGAAGGAAAUUGAUUAUAUGGUUCAACUUAGUCAUCCAAACUUGGUCAAUCUAAUUGGCUACUGCACGGAGAAACACCACAUGAUGUUGGUUUAUGAGUUCGUGCCCAAUGGAAAAUUGAAGGAUCACUUGUUCACAAAUGGAUACCCAUCAUUUUCUUGGGCGAGGAGAAUCAAAGUCGCUCUCGACAUUGCUAGAGGGCUUAGCUACUUGCAUGAAAGAGAUAUACCAACCAUACACCGAGAUUUCAAGAGUUCUAACAUUCUUCUAGAUUGGGAACUGAAUGCAAAGCUAUCGAACUAUUGUUACGGUACAGAUGAUCCUGUCGAUGAAACGACUAGCUUUCAAACUCCUCAAGUAUUCAUUAAUCCCAGUUACACUGCACCUGAAUAUACAACAAAAGGUCACCUAACCACUAAGUCAAAUGUGUACACCUUUGGAGUUGUUUUACUAGAGUUGCUAUCCGGCACUCGAGCAUCAGAUCUGAAGUUGAAAAAGUCAUGUAUUGUUACAAAGACAACAUUGCAGCAGAUGAAUAUGGAUGUGCGAUUAAGCAGCCAGUACCCUCGUGAUGAUGCGUAUGAAGUUGUGAAGCUGGCAUUGAGGUGCAUAAACAUUGAUCCAGAGUCGAGACCGAUAAUAAGCGAUGUUGUGGCAGCACUAGAGCAGUUCUUAGGAGAUGAGCCAAUGCUGCAAAUUAACAACCUUGAUUAAUACAAUGUUGAUUUUUAAACUGAUCAUAGCCACAUCAUUUUCGCCUUAUUGUAUUUCCAAUGUUUUGAUUGUUAUAUAUCGGUCGUUUGUUCA